ACUUUUCGCUUUUCAAUCUUAAGUUUUAAGCAGCACGUGCGCUUCUUCGGUGAAUAAAUACAUUUUUUUUCUUCUCUGGAAAAUUGAGUUAUUGCAACAGUUGCUCGUUCGGUUGGAGCAGAAAGUGAAACUUUUCUUCGCAAGUUUCGACCGUGAAACAGACGGUGCGAGCAACGGGAAGUUGGUGUGAAUUUAUGAGAUUAAUUACGAACGACCCGGUGAAAAGUGCAAGUUUUAUUCGGCAGAAAGUUUUAUUAUUAGGGCAAAAAAGGUCCAAAAGUACCGUUGGGAAUAUAUCCUGAAACAGCUAUAAAACGCGCGUGUUACCUGCUGAAGCGUACGGUGUAGAUAAUUGUAGCAUUGAAGCGCGAAACCAGAAGACCGUUGGCGGAAAAACAGAAGCCGAGAUUUUUAUCACCGCUAUUACGUGUUAUACAGUCGGGCCUUUUAUGUUAGCGAGGACUGCGGCUUCGUGAGAGUGUAAACUUCAAUCGAGCCUGUUUGGCAAUUUUGUGGCUUCAGUGAAUGAACUAGUGUUUUGCUAUAAAGGGGAGUAAUUUUGCCGGAAAGGAACCAUCAAUUAUUCAGCUUGAUCCGCAAUCUCCAAGUAAGAUGUUGCGCUUUGGAUUACUGAAAUACAAGCGACUCAAUAAUGCCGUUCUCGGUCCUGAUGAGCUGGAAGAACCGAACGGUAACGAUAAUGGCAGACAGCAGCGCUCAACCGCGACGACAAUGACGGCAACACCUGUUCGCCAGCAUCCCCAUCUGAUACACAACGAGCUGAACGGAGGCGCAAUGAAAAAUACCAACUCACAGAUCCACCUGGAAGCGUCGCCUCCGAAAAGUGCCAACGACCAAAAAGCAUCCCACGACACCGGAAAACCAGCGGCCAUCGAGAAGAAGAAAACUUUCAGUUCCUCCCCCGAGCUGGACCUUCAGCCGCCGCCGCCGUCAUCGCCCGUCCCCGGUUUGCGGCCGAGUGCCCUAUCUACCUCGUCGCCCGAUAAUUAUAGACCACUGCAGCCGCCGCAGCAGCAGGCUACUCCGAAAAAGCGCACCGCCGCGGCUAGCUGCAAAGUUCGCAUCUACAAGUGCAUCAAACGGAUGCUGAAAAGGAACAACUUUUCCAAAGAGCAACGCAGUUCUUCUCAGCAGCAGCAGCAGCAGGUGCAAACGUCGGAUAAAUCAAAAGUGGACUACAGGGAGAUUAAAAGUUUACUGGAGAAGGAAAAACCGUCGCUGGACUACGACGUUAAUCUUGCCAAAUGUGUGGACAAACCGGCGCUGAUCAAAAAAAUUGCCCUGAAUUUAAUGAAAUCAGCGCAUGACGAAGGCCGCUCGCUGGUGGUCGCCCCGGAGGGCUGCCCGGAGUCCGCUUCCAUCCAGAGCAAUCUGGACCAGGAAGCCGAAUACCAGCGGCUGUGCGGCGAGUCAUGGUACCACGAGAACCUGCCACGGGACCUCUCCCUGGAGCUGCUGAACAACAAACCCGCCGGCAGCUUCGUAGUUCGGAAAAGCACCACCCAGCAAGGCUGUUACGCGCUCUCGUUGCGCGUUCCCCCGCCGGGACCAAAGAUCGCCCACUAUCUGAUCGUGCGGACCGCCAGCGACGGGUACCAGAUCAAGGGUUUCCACAAGGAGUUCACCUCGCUGCGUGCCCUCAUCGUGCACCACUCGGUGAUGCCCGAGUCGCUUCCGGUUCCGUUGGACGUCCCUCGACCCUCCAAUCUGGCUGUGAAAACCAAAUGCGACGACGACUACGAUACCGUUUUCGAUCUACCGGAAACGGUUCGUGCGUAAAGGAAAGACAACCCUCAUUUUGUGCUCAAAAUUACCAACUAAUUACACGUUGAGAAACUUUUACCAAAUCAUUACUGUUACCUAUAUCUAGCACGUAAGCUAUUAUUAAAUUUAUACUGUAUU